AUGGCUGCUGGACGGUCCGCGGGUCUCGAUGCAGAGGCGACGGACCCACUGCUCGAUGCGGUUCAGAGGGUCACCACAGCGAUGAGGACGUACAUGUCCCUGAUGCCGCCCAGAGAGCCACCAACAGCAUGGCAAUCGGACCCAUCGACGCUUCACGACUUUCUCUUUCAGCUCGAGUUGAUAUUCCAAAGAGAUGGCAUCGACGACGAUACGAGACGGAUCGCUUAUGCGCUCAGUCGGACCAGCGGACCUGCUAGGGAUACGGCUUUUCAAGCCCUUGCCAAUUGCGGCAGUUACAGUGUCGGACAGACAGCUAGCGAAGUCACGCCGGAAUGGCUGAAGACUUGGGACGCCUUUGCGGGCAGGCUCUGCAUCGAUUUUGGACCGAGAUAG